AUGCAGCUCACAUUCAAAGAUUUGAAACAACAGAAGUUUGUUAUUAGUGCAGAACCUUCAGAAACCGUUGGUCAAGUGAAGGAAAAGAUUUCGAAGGAAAAGGGAUGGGAUGCUCCUCUAUUGAAGCUCAUUUACUCCGGAAAGAUUCUUCAAGAUGACAAGACGAUCGAAUCAUACAACAUCGAGGAGAAAGGGUUUAUUGUAUGCAUGGUCUCUAAGCCCAAGGCCCAGCCUGCUUCUUCACAGGGCCCAUCCACACCGGCCAAAGCAGUGACAUCAACACCAGCUGCGCCCCCUGCUCCCGCCCCGUCCACGAAUACUUCGACAUCCGCUGCUGCUGCCCCGGUCCCGGCCACGCCCUCGCCCGCCUCUUCCGGAGCCGCCCAGCCGGCUGGAGCCUCGUUCAAUGACCCGUCGGCGCUGUUGAGUGGCUCGCAAAGCGAAGAGGUCAUCAGCCAGAUGGAGAGUAUGGGGUUUGCAAGAAGCGACAUCACCCGUGCGAUGAGAGCCGCCUUCUUCAACCCCGACCGUGCAAUCGACUAUCUCUUGAACGGCAUCCCAGAGAAUAUCCAACAGGAACAGCAGCAACGCGAAUCUGCCACUCCCGCCACUUCUGCCCCUGCUACUGAAGGUACACCUGCGCCGUCCGGCGAAGACGAGCCAGUCAAUCUUUUCGAGGCCGCAGCCCAGGCAGGAAAUCCCGAGGCUCGUGGUGGCGCGCGUGGAGCAGCAGCCGGUGGUGACGCUCAGUCAAGUCUCGACUUCCUGCGCAACAACCCACACUUCCAGCAACUUCGCCAGCUAGUCCAGCAACAACCCCACAUGUUAGAGCCCAUUCUUCAGCAAAUUGGCGCCGGAAAUCCACAAAUCGCCCAGCUCAUUGGACAAAACGAGGAACAGUUUCUCCAGCUGUUAAGUGAAGACGACGGUGCGGUUCCCCCAGGGACUACCCAGAUUCAUGUUACUGAAGAGGAGCGAGAUGCUAUCGAGCGGUUGUGCCGUCUCGGCUUUGAUCGAACCCUGGUCAUCCAGGCCUAUUUCGCGUGCGAUAAGAACGAAGAGCUUGCAGCGAACUACCUGUUCGAGAACUCUGAUGAAGGUGAAGACUGA